AUGGACCAACUUUCCUCGAUUCUGCCACAGCACCAAGGAUAUCUCCCAUACUUCUUAAUCGCCGAUGGCUUAUCCGCGGCGAUUCAUAGUGUCGUGUGCUACACAAGCGAUCCGACGACGUCCCCGAAGGCGUUUAGCGGACCAGCGGCGCCACUUCCGCACCAGUUGUUAGCCCACGUCUACGGUGUGAAGAACUUUUACACAAGUUUCAUCAGGUUCUACGCCGCAUACCACAUCACAAAUCCUCAGUUAUAUGAUCUCGCCCUUAUGACUUUCAUCGGUGUGCUGUUCUUAUAA